UCUUCCCGAUAUUGUUCAGUGUUGUGCGUUCAUGCAAAAUUACCACAACACAACUUUCCAUAACUCCACACAAUUAUAUUGUAAAUGGAUAUUACUGACUGCCUGACAAGUGCUAUUAAAGAGAAGUUUGAAGAGGAUAUACUUCUCCUGUGCCUGAUUCUCUUAUCGGAAUCAUUGUCCAUAUUUGUCCGCUAUCAGAUCAAUGAUUUAAAAUAGAUGUUGGGAAGUGCUUCCCCACAUAAAUUGGUCCUUCGAGCCAGAGCUGGCAACAGCAAACAAUAUGGACACUGCAGCUAGUGAUGCAUCAGAGACUGUGGAUAGACCCAAAAGACAGAGUAAACUGCCUUCUCAUCUGGGUGACUAUGAGGUUGGCUACAUACCUCCAGUGGACCCUCCUCCAAUCGCUUCUUCUCGCUGUCACAGCCAACAUAAGAGCCAAUCGAGGAAAACGUCCCAUAGUAAAGCCAGCUCUCAUUCCAGAUCCAGUUGUCAUUCCAUUAUCUGUGCCAGCUACUUCUGCUCUCACAAGCAGUCAGGCAGCCAUAGUGGAGGAGAGAAUCAAACAGCGGCAGUAUGACGAGCUACUUCACCAAAUAGAGGAGGACACACUGGCAGAAAAGGAAUAUCAGAGACUGCAAACCCAAGCUAAAGAGGCUCAGCGGGCUCAGGAAGAGGCUCUUAUGGCAAAGGAGGCCUUAUCUAAUCAGUUAGAACGACGGCGCAAGUUGAAAAAAGCAGAAACUGAUCUAGAAGUGGCCAAGCUGGUGUGUUCUCUACUCAGCAAAGAUACAAGUUUGACUGAUCCAGAGACUCGAGCAUCACCUGACACAACCACCUCGGUUCCUUCAUGCCAGCUCAGCCCUCUCACCUGCAUGUCAGCAGUCUCCCUGCCCCUCAACUUCAGUGAUGCAAGCCACACAGACUGUUCCAGAGGCACAGAGCACAUUAAGAGGCUUGCACACAGUUCAGUCAACACCUAA